UGAGAGCGUUCCGAGCUCCAGGGACAUGUAGCGAUCCACAAACAACAGUUUCCAAGGAAUCCGUGUGCGACAAGUACAAAUUUACCAUAAUCUUUCUGUAUACGUUAGACUUGUGCAGUGAGAUGUUCUGUGUAGCUGUAAGAUGCUAACGCUGUGUCUGUGUGUCCCUGUCUGAGUGGAGAGGAGACAAAUCCUCUUUUGGGAAUUGUGCUGGAGGCCACCACUGGCAAAAUCAGGGUGACUGCUGGGACGCGUCACGUCUGAUGGCAGGAACCUUUCUGGCAUUUGCUGUUGGCCAAUAAGGUGGCAAAAUGGUACCUUCCCAAAUGAGUAACCUGAAGGAGAAUGCUGGUCAACAGAGUGAUGAAGCUCUCCCAAUACCAACAAAGCUGGAUAAACCAUACAAAUGUGAUCAGUGUGAGAAAGGUUUCAGAUGGUCAUCACACCUGAAACAACACCAAGCCAUGCACAGCGGAGAGAAACCGUACAAAUGUGACCAAUGUGAGCAAGCUUUCAAGUGGACACAUCAGCUUAAACGACACCAGCUCAUCCACAGUGAGGAUAAGCCAUAUAAAUGUGAUCAGUGUGCAAAAGCGUUUAGUUUUCCGUAUCGGCUGAAAAUACACAAACUCCUCCACAGUGAAGAGAAACCGUACAAAUGUGAUCUGUGUGAGAGGACGUACAGCGCUCUGUUUCAGCUGAACACACACAAACUCAUCCACAGCAGAGAGAAAUUGUACAAAUGUGAUGAGUGUGACAAAGCUUUUACGUUACCGUCUCGGCUAAAAGCACACAAACGCAUCCACAGUGGAGAGAAACCAUACACGUGUGACCAAUGUGGGAAGGGUUUUUUGCAGUUAGUUCAUUACCAGCGUCACCAGCUUGUCCACACGGGAGCCAAAAUCCACUCUUGUGAGCUGUGUGGGAAGAGCUUCAGUCUUUUGGCUUCACUGACAGAUCAUCAGCGCAUCCACACAGGGGAGAAACCAUACCACUGCAGAUUCUGUGACAAAGCCUUCAUCACAUCAGUUCACUGCAGACGCCAUGAGCGUGUUCACACCGGAGAGAAACCAUACAGCUGUGACCAGUGUGAGAAGUGUUUCAGUGCAAGCAAUUCGUACGCAGCCCACGUACGAAGCCACACUGGUGACAAACCGUAUCAGUGUCAGUACUGCACAAAAAGCUACAGUCGACCGUGCGCUCUCUCCCAGCAUGAACUCAUCCAUACUGGCAUCAAGCGAUACUGGUGUGGAGACUGUAAAAGAAGCUUCACCAGGACAGAUCACUGGAAGAGACGCAAAACAGUUAAGUGUUCUCCUGACAGUAUGGUCCAACUGGCUUAGCAAGCUUUUAAUAAUAAAAAUUGUCUGCCAUCAGAGCAGUGCA